UCUCGCGUAUGUGAACAAGUACAAAGCUGAACUUUAAACUUCAUUCAGUUUUCAUUUCUUGCUUUUUCAUGAUUUUUAGCUGUUAUUUUGUAAUUAAAAUUUAUAAUUAUUGACUUAAUUUUGAGUGAUAAUAUGGCUAAUAUUGCUAUUGCAAGAAUAAAGCGCGAAUUUGAAGAAGUGAUUCGAAGUGAAGAGGGAAUAAGAUGUGCAAUACAUGUUGAACUUGUCAAUGAUAACUUUUCCCAAUUACGAGGUGAAAUUGCAGGACCACCAGACACACCUUAUGAAGGUGGUAGAUAUGUCGUUGAUAUUUCUGUACCAGACACAUAUCCAUUUAAUCCACCAAAGGUAAAAUUUUUAACAAAAAUAUGGCAUCCAAAUAUAAGUUCUGUUACUGGUGCUAUAUGUUUGGAUGUUCUUAAAGAUCAAUGGGCAGCUGCAAUGACUCUUCGAACAGUCCUUCUUUCAAUACAGAUGUUACUUGCUUCACCAGAGCCAGACGACCCACAGGAUGCUGUAGUUGCAAAACAGUGUAAUGUUGUGCCUGAUGUAUACAGAAAAACUGCAAGACAUUGGGCACAAGUCUAUGCUAGUGCACCAGGUGUUGUACCAGACUAUGUAGAAAAGAUUAAAAAUUUAAAAGAAAUGGGGCUUGAUGAGAAUAAAAGCCGAGUUGCUUUGUCAACACAUAACUGGAAUUUAGAAAGAGCUGUCGAGUCCUUAUUUGGCUGUGAUUGAAUUAAACAAAUUAUCGUUCAUAAUCAUGAGGAAAAUCAUAGAUAAAUGAAUGAAGCGAAAAUGUGUCACGAUAUUGGAUCAUUUCUAUCAAAUUCAGCGAAGUGAAACCAAAUAUUUUUUUCUAAGUGUCAUACUCAUCAUAAUGAUGAAAACUACGUAGUUGUAACUUCUUAAUCAUAAUUGUGCAAUUUCGCCUGUAAAUAUCAUUUGGUGUUUAAAAAACAUGAGAUAAUGUGUGUAUUGUUUUAAA